AAUCUCCAUACACCUCAUUCAUGUGUGAUGGCUGCAGGCCACAAUGGACGGCUGCCAGGGUAAACAGACGAUGCAGCCCUAGCAACGUCAUGCCGGUUACCCGAGCGCUAACAUACUAUCACCAUAACAUGUGUGAGGGCAGUGAGGGCGCCCGGGGCAGAGGGCGCUGCAGGUGCUCUCCCUCCUCGGUCACCUGUACAGCACAGCCCUGCAGCACCUCACCCCUCAUCUACUCCGCCUCUUGUCACUUCUUUCCUGAAAACAAGCGCCCUCCCGCACGACUUUUCCCUGUUGAUAGUCUGCGAACAGUGUGUCACGGCGCUGCUUAGCAACAGCACAGUCGCUAGUCAGUGGUUGGUCACCCAGGCUGGGGCCCCGCCUCCUCGUCUAAACCGCCUCUGAGUCACGGGCCAGUAGUAUCCGCUGCAGCUCCAGUAUCCGCUGCUCAGCCAGUCCUAGGGUCUGUGAGGCGAGUGGGCGGGAUAACUGUGUCUCUUCUGUGUGGGCGGGGCCUGGGCUCCCCGCUGCGCUCCUCCCACACUGACUCCCCAGGGAGUUCGCCUGGGAGAGCAGGGCGCAUCGGGGCUGUCCGUGCUGUACGAGGGAGAGACUGGCUCCGGGAUGCCGGGGCGCUGCCGUGCUGACUGGAGAAGAAGCUGGGGAGCGGAGGUCGUGGAGACGGUGGGGGAUCAGCAGUCCGGAGUUCAGGUCUCUGCUCCCCACUGGCCUCUCCCUGCACAGCCGCCAUGUUAACGAGGAAACCCUGUGCGGCUGCGGCGGUGCAUCCGACCGGCAGAGGAAGUGAAGGUACUAGUCAACUGCAGCAGUCUCCGGCCUUACCCCGCUCCGCAGCUGGUACAGGACCACCAUCACCGGUAUCAUUGCCACCCUUAAGAACCAGCAACGCAACCCACACGAUUGGAGGCAAUAAGCACACGAUGAAUGAACACCUGCACAUUGGCAGCCAUGGACAGAUUCAGGUGCAACAACUAUUUGAAGAGAACAGCAACAAAAGGACCGUCCUCACAACGCAACCCAAUGGGCUCACCUCUGUUAGUAAAACAGGUUUACCGGUUGUUUCAGAAAGACAGCUAGAAAGCACACAUCGCAGACAAGGAAGUUCUAGCUCUUUAAAAUCUUCAGAUGGGACAACCAAAGUAAAGUCUUCUACAUUAACCCCUGAGCAAGCAAUGAAACAAUACAUGCAAAAAUUAACAGCAUUUGAGCACCAUGAAAUUUUCAACUAUCCAGAUAUUUAUUUUUUGGGUCCAAAUGCAAAGAAACGUCAAGGUGUGAUUGGUGGCUCAAAUAAUGGUGGCUAUGAUGAUGACCAGGGGUCAUAUGUGCAAGUGCCACAUGAUCAUGUUGCUUACCGGUAUGAAGUUCUUAAGGUAAUCGGCAAAGGAAGUUUUGGACAAGUUGUGAAGGCUUAUGAUCACAAACUCCAUCAGCACGUGGCCUUAAAAAUGGUAAGGAAUGAGAAACGCUUCCAUCGUCAAGCUGCAGAAGAAAUCCGCAUUCUAGAGCACCUAAAGAAGCAGGAUAAAGAUAACAACAUGAAUGUCAUUCACAUGUUGGAGAACUUCACAUUCCGCAAUCAUAUCUGCAUGACGUUUGAGCUGCUGAGCAUGAACCUGUAUGAGCUCAUAAAGAAAAACAAAUUUCAGGGCUUCAGCCUGCCUUUGGUCCGUAAGUUUGCGCACUCAAUUUUACAGUGCUUGGAUGCCUUGCACAAAAACAGAAUAAUCCACUGUGACCUUAAACCUGAAAACAUUUUGUUAAAGCAACAGGGUAGAAGUGGCAUAAAAGUAAUAGAUUUUGGCUCAAGCUGUUAUGAGCAUCAACGUGUGUACACAUACAUACAGUCACGUUUCUAUCGCGCUCCAGAGGUGAUACUUGGUGGUCGCUAUGGCAUGCCUAUUGACAUGUGGAGCUUGGGUUGUAUUCUAGCAGAAUUGUUAACUGGUUAUCCACUCUUGCCUGGAGAAGAUGAAGGGGAUCAGUUGGCCUGCAUGAUUGAGCUACUGGGGAUGCCAUCCCAAAAACUGCUGGAUUCUUCGAAAAGAGGCAAAAAUUUUGUCAGCUCCAAAGGUUAUCCACGUUAUUGCACUGUUACAACUCUGCCAGAUGGAUCUGUGGUACUGAAUGGUGGGCGUUCUCGAAGAGGAAAACUGCGAGGCCCCCCUGGGAGUAGGGACUGGGUGACUGCUUUGAAAGGCUGUGAUGAUCCCUUGUUUCUUGAUUUCCUAGCGCAAUGUUUAGAAUGGGAUCCUGCUUUGCGCAUGACGCCCAGCCAAGCGUUACGACAUCAUUGGCUGCGGAGACGCUUGCCAAAGCCUCCAACUGGAGAGAAGGCCUCAUCCAAAAGAAUAACUGAACGCUCUGGUGCUAUAACAUCCGUUUCUAAAUUACCUCCCACAUCAGGCUCAGCUGCAAAACUAAGAACUAAUUUGGCCCAAAUGACUGAUGCCAAUGGAAAUAUUCAGCAAAGGACUGUGUUGCCAAAGCUGGUUAGCUGAUGUAGUAAACAACUUUCUUUAAACACCUUGUUGAGCCUUAUGCAGACAGCUCAAAUUUAGGAUAUCUUUAAUGGCUCCGUUUCUAUCAACUCUUUAUUUGUGCAGCCAUUGUAAUUUUUUUUUGUAAGAAUGCAAUUUUGUAUUUAAACAUUGGGGACGAUGCUUUAAGGUUUUAUUCUUUUUUAAGUAUAUCAUUUAUAGCUGGCUUUGCUUAGGAAGUGUCAAAAUCAGUGGCUGGCCACUGACUAUUGGUUGACUGUUAAACAUAACUUAUUGUUGUCGGAAGGUUUAGCCACCAUUCAUGCAUUUUAAAGUUGUGACUAGCCCUGUAUUUUAAUAAUUAUUUUUUCCUUCUUUUAAAGAUGCACAUUACAGGAUGUAUAUGUGGUGCACAGUUGGAGUGAAAAGACUACUUGGGUUUGCAUUUUACACAUUUUGCAGGUCUUUCAAUGAACAGAAAAGAUGAACAAGGUGUUUUAAGCAAGUAACUUACAAGUGUGAAGGAAAGUGAGCCAGAUUAUAUACACAAACACCUAAAAAUCUCAUGGGUACUUGGAGGUUGUCAGGUUUAGGCAAUCUCUUUUUUUACAUGCCUAAUCCACUCCACUUUUUGCAACAACAUCAAAGACUACAACACUUUGGUCUAAAGUAGUCCACUAUGUUAUGUAUAGUACAAGGCCUCUUGGGGCAGUGCAUGGCAGAGGGAUUGAAAGAACUCCAGAGACGAUUCCUGUUUCAUUAAAGUGUACCCGUCGUCAACAAAAACGUUUUAUAUAAUGUAGAUAAUACCAAUUAUAUGAAUAUUUGCAAUAUACAUUGGUUAAAUGUGUAUAUUUUUGUCCCUGCAGCUAUUGCCUGUGUGUCUCUGUGAGGAGUCCAAAUACAGGAAGUGAGGACAAGCAGGGCUCUGUGCAGUGAGGACAAGCAGGGCUCUGUGCACAAAUAAAAAGCAGGACAGUGUGCAUUGAGGCUCUAUAACAUGCUCCUGGCUCAUACAUCAGGAUGCUUGACAAGCCAGGAGUCUGCAGGAUCCCUGCUUGUCCUACCCUAAAUUUCUGUUUUUGGACUCCUCAUAGAGAGACACAAGCAAUAGCUGCAGAGACAGCAUUUUUUCACCCAAAAAUAUACACCAUUUUUAACCAAUGUAUAUUACAAAUAUACAUAUAAUGGUAUUAUCUACAUAAUACCAUUUAUUGACGACAGGUACACUUUAACCUACCCUGAGGACCUCUAUUAUUCAUGGCACAGUGUAAGUUAUUCCUUAAAUAGAGAACUACUUAAACAAAGACUAAAUAUCUGCCUCCCUGUACAACAAAAAGUCAUACUUACCUCCCCUGCUGCUCCCGCUGUGAUAUCUCCCAGAUCCUGCCCCUUUCCUGUUCUUUCAAUGACCUCCUACCCCACACUCAGCCAAUCAGUGGGUUGAGAGGGGCAUCAUUGUAAGAAGCGAUAACAGGAGUGCAGCAGGAGUGGGAAGAUCUGACAGCUGCAGCCCCGGGAAAGCGGAGAAGAUAAGUAUGUUGUCUUUUAUUGUUUUAUUGCAUAGGGAGGCAGAUAGUUAAUUACUAGGUUUAUAUGGAAAACCCCUUAAACUAUUUUUCUUGGCUAUGGAGGACUGGAUGCCAAUGGAUUUCAGUGCCCCUACAGUUCUUAGUUGCUGCAUUAUGGUGCUGGGUGCUCCCAGUAGUGGAGUGGGUAUUUUGUUUCACCAGGGCCCAUUGGUGGCAUAUAGGUGGUUAUGAGCAUAACAUAUUGAAUAUACCCAGGUGUCCAGAUUUGUCAUAGAAAUGAAAUGCAGUGUCUGACUGCUGAAUCUUUUUAUUCUCAUUGUAAACCUCCAGCGUUUUUUUUUAAAUCUAGUGACACUUAAAGCAUGGUCUCCCAAUCCCGCUAAAACAAACAGCUGGUUUCCAUUUUCUCGUAUUCCUUUUGUAAAGGCAACAUUCAGUCAGCAACAUGAAUUUUAACACUUUGUUUUACAGUGUUUUUAAUAUUUUCACAGGUAGAACUGUGUUUAUCCCUUGUUUCAAAGUAAAUAUUCUAUAAUAUGAAGAAAUCCUAUCCCGUGACACUAAUUCUAGGAAUGUAUUUAUUAUAGAAGGCUAUUUCUAUAUAUUUAACAGGCAGAAUAUCCACACUGGUAAUUUGCACAUUGUGUUUAGUGAAGGCAGAAUCACUGGCAAUCACUGACUUGGCCAGCAGUAUACAGACGAUAUAUCUAUGUUAGUGAAAAGCCCAUUAAUAUGUAUGUUUCCCAUGCCCACUGGGCAUUGAAUGCACUUAGUUUGUCAUCUAUUUUGUGACUGUAGCUUGGAGUGCCGAAACCCUUCAAAGGAAUUGUGGGAGAGUAGAAAAACAUGUCUGCUCUUUUUUAAAAAUAGCACCACUUUUGUUUGUGUGGUAUUGUAGCUCUGCCCAUUCAAGUGAAUAGAGCCGAGGUACAAUACCAGACCUAGCUUAUGGACAAGAAGUGGUGCUGCUGCUACAAGGAAGCAGCCAUGCUUUUUUAAGCUUAUUUAAUGCUUUUAACUUGGGUUUAGUUUCAGAAGUGAACAAGCCAUUUUUUUUUUCUUGAAUGAAGUUUCUCUCUAUUUUUUGCUAUUGAGCGUUUCACAGCCAUGUCAUUUCUCAGUCUCUAGCUGCUGUCUUCUCUGAAUAAUUUUUGUAAGGUUAUGAGGAAAACUCUAAGCCUGUUGAGUGCAAGUUUGUCAUUACUUUAGGGCUCUGGCGACUGAGCUGCUGUAGGUUGUCCUGGAAACAAUAUUGCGUCUCACAGGUUCCCAUUGUCGAGGGACGUCUUGACUAUUUACAGCAGUCGUGAUAGCACAACGGGUUUCUGUUUCUUUGGUAGCAGUCUUGUUUGGCUUGGUUUCGUGAACCCUUUGGGCUUAUCUAACACAUAAGCGUGUUGAAAUUGAAGUGCAACAACAGAAGGAGUUAGUGUUGACAAUACCGGAAAAAGUGUGCCCUUUGUGAACCACGUGCCUUUUUGUUAUUGAUGCCAUGCCGGGCAUGUUUUGGCCUCAUUUUACUCUCUUCAUGGUAAAGGCAUUUUUAUUACAGAUUAAAACUAGUUGUCUUAAAACCACCAUCCUUCUUCGAGGCCUUACAAGGAACUAUAACGGUAGGAUUGUUUUUCUUAUCGCUGACCAAUCAGACUGCUGGAAAAUACAUCCAUGCAAUUGAGGGUGUGAGGAAGCUCUGAGUCAAUCUACAGGUACAAGCUAUGGUUUACCUGCAUUUGUACACCAACCCUUCCUUUUUUUUUUUUUGUACAAUGUUUGUUAUCCUAGACUUAGCGGGAGAUCUUUCUUUUUUUUGUAAGAAUUACCUCAAGAAGUUUUAAUUUUUUUAGUGUGUUCAAUCCCAGGGCAUUUGGUAAGACCAAAGUGCAUUCCUUUUCUAAUAACCUGGUGCAAUGAAUAGAGCCGGGGACUUUUACUAGGUGCAAGGCAUUUGAGCCUUUUUUCAUGUAUGACCUUGGAGUGCACAUGUUCUUACAUUGGGCUGUACUGUAAUCCAGCUGGACAUGUCUAGUCUAGAACCCUUAUUUUAAAGGUUUUCCGCAAAACCAUGCGAUUCCACAGAUUACAGUAUAGCCCCAUGAUACACGUGUAUCAUAAACAUGACAAUGUGACUUCUAUUUUAUUGAAGAUUUUUACAUCUUGGCAGAUAUUUUGUUCUGAAGAAUUUUAUGUGAAUGCUCACCAAACCGCUACUAUUGCCUUGGUCUGUGGUUAUUAGUCAGAACUUUCUGGCAUCCUACAUAGAGAAUGCUUUCUGGAGUGAGCUAAUACAAAAGACAUGAGAAUUGUCCUUUAUAUGAGGUCUUCAAAGCAUUCUCGUUUUGGGAUUGAUAGUAAUAACCACGGCUUUAGGCCUUUGCUUUGCUUAUCGAGCAACAUCUUAGACAUGUGACUGUAAUAUGCUGCAAUUGUGUGUACUGAUAAUAUGUGAAACACUUGGAUUGAAUGUGGAUUUGUUUUAUAUUUUGUGUACAUUUUCUGUGAGAUGCUGCUGGCUCCUCUUUUCACAUGUUCUAGUGGACUAGGAUUGGUGGCCAGUUUUAUAAUACUGUAUGUAUUGUACAGCAGAUAACAGAAGUAUGAAUUUCUAGUGAAUAUUUGUAAAAUUUUAUUGUUGUGGCCAGAGAUCAUUUCAGAAUAAAAUGUAUGUCCCUUUUUUGCCUUUAUUUAUGUGCCUAUUUUCUAGAUCAAUUUUGCUGUUUUUUGUGCAUGAACCGAAAAGAGAAAAUACAGUCUAAUCUGUACAUCUCGUGUUAUAGAGAAAGAUGAGCUGAACAGAUUGGUAUAUAGUUUUGUGGGGAAAGCUCCAGGAUACCUUGUCAUUUAUUUAUGUAAACCUUCUCAUAAGUAGUCAAGUGGGCGGUCCUAAUCAGUGAUAGGCUACCCUCUCUUUAUGUACACUCAUACACCGAUACAUUUUAAGCACUGAUUAGUACCACCUACUUGACUACUUAGCCUAAAAUGAGCAGAGAUUUUCACAUAAAUGAAAAGUUACCCUGGACUGUUUCCAAUAAAACUUUGCUCAGCAAAUCCUCCUCCUAACUUGCUGCCUGUAGGUUAGGCUGCAUCCUCACCAUGACAGGCUCCCUUUAAAGGGGUACUCCGGUGCU